AGAGGAAGAACUCAUCUAAAAUAUUUGAAGUCUCUCUAACGUAACGCAGAAAGAGAAAGAGAGCUUCAAAGAAAUAUUUAAAAAAGUAACUUCAUUAAUUAAUACAAUUUAGACAAAACAAAGUACAAAGAACAAAGAGUGAGAGAGAAAAAAGAGAAACGUUAAACAGAGUAAUAGAGAGAGUUUGAGUUCGACCUUUAACUUUGAGACUCCAUACGCUUCACUCUGAUUCGCAGAGAGUUUCGAAGAAACAACAGAAUCACAACGACAAAUUUAUUUAAAAUCUUUUCCUUUUUUAAUUUCGUUAAAUCCAAUCCGUAAGUACCUUCCUGUUUAUUACAUAACCUCUUCUCUUUGUUCUUUUUUAAAGAUUCUCCCUUUUAUUUUUUUCCUUUUCUUCUUCCUCUUUCUCCGUUGAGCAGUUCAUAUUCAGAUCGGGAUCAUCGAUUCCUCCGGUUUAAUUUUUUCUGGGUUUUCAAUCUUUGAGUGAAAUUGUGUUUCAAAAUUUGGAAUCCAGAGAUCUAAAUUUUUAAUUGUUUUUUUUUGGCGGUUGGAUCGGUGAUUCUGUUAUUUCAAUUGAAUUCGUCUCUCUGUUUCAUUGUCGUGAUAAAGGAUUUGUAUUUGAAUCUGCUAAUCUAGCAUCAGACAACUCUAAGAUGGUUGGAGAUCGGACCCAUCUGUUAUCAAGAGUCUUCUCAACUUCUCGUCCCUCAGAAUCCAAGUGGGAUCACAUGUAUCCACCACCACAAGAAGAUUCCUCUGCAUCUAACCUCAAAAACGGCAAAAGAGCUUUAGAUAACGAUGAGCUCGAAGACGAUGAUCUCAGACAAAGCAAAUCUCUCAAACUGACGGGAGUUUCAACCGACGGCGACUCACUCAUCAACGACAUCAUCGGCAGAGACAUUUCAAUCAGCUGUCUGAUCCGCUGCUCCCGGUCUGACUACCCUUCGAUCGCUUCCUUGAACCGGAGUUUCCGGUCUCUGGUUAAGUCCGGAACCAUUUACAGACUCAGGAGACAGAACCGGAUCGUCGAACACUGGGUCUACUUCUCCUGCCAGCUCCUGGAAUGGGUUGCUUUCGACCCUGUCGAGAGAAGAUGGAUGAAUCUUCCAACGAUGCAUUCGGGUGAUACCUUCAUGUGCACGGAUAAAGAAUCGCUCGCCGUGGGGACCGACUUGCUUGUGCUAGGCAAAGAUGAUGGCUCCUCUCAUGUUGUGUAUAGAUACAGCCUCUUGACUAACUCUUGGUCUCCUAGUGAGAAGAUGAACUCGCCGAGGUGUUUGUUUGGCUCAGCGAGCUCAGGAGAGAUUGCUAUCUUCGCCGGUGGUUGUGACUCUUUUGGCAAGAUCAGUGACGUUGCGGAGAUGUAUAACUCUGAGCUUCAGACGUGGACUACGCUUCCUAAGAUGAACAAACCGAGGAAGAUGUGUUCUGGUGUGUUCAUGGAUGGGAAGUUCUAUGUGAUUGGAGGGGUCGGCGGCGGCGAGGAGUACGAUUUAGCGACCAAGAAAUGGACCGAGAUACCGGAGAUGUCGCCGCCAAGGAGCAGGGAGAUGCCGGCAUCAGCAGAAGCACCACCUCUUGUUGCGGUUGUGAACAAUGAGCUGUAUGCGGCGGAUCAUGCUGGUAUGGUGGUGAGGAAGUAUGAUAAAGGGAGUAAGAAGUGGUUUACUUUAGGGAGGUUGCCUGAGAGAGCUGGUUCGGUUAAUGGUUGGGGGUUAGCGUUUAGAGCUUGUGGUGAGAGGUUGAUUGUGAUUGGUGGACCUAAGAGCUCAGGUGGAGGGUUCAUUGAGCUGAACUGUUGGAUACCUUCUAGUGAUGGAAGCCCUCCUGUGUGGACAUUGCUUGAUAGGAAACAUUCAUCUAAUUUUGUUUACAAUUGUGCAGUGAUGGGUUGCUGACAAAAUUUUGCAAAUUGAAAAUCAAGAUUCUUGGCUGCUUGGGGAGAGGUCUAAAGAUGCAUGCAGUCUUUUCUUAUUUAUUUUGGCUAUACAAUUUAAUUCAGUUUCAGUACAAUGGUCUUGGUGGUAUUGUUAGGUUCUUUGGGGUGGGAAGGAACAGAAACAAGUUUUACAAUAAGUUGGUGGAGAAAGUUCAGUCUUUCAGUUCUGUUAAAAGUUGUUGAAUUUGUGUUUCUGAAUACAAUGUUUUUGUUAUGUCUUGGAAAUAUUUAUAUAUCAUUCAUUCUUUGCCAAAAAAAUUGUAUUUAUGUUUUGUGUUUCUCUUCACAGAAAAGAGAAGACUAAGAGCUUUUAAUCUCAAGGACUCAGUUGCAACUUGCAAUCUA